CCAAGAAACGUCAUUUCCUAUUUUCUUUUCUGUUCGGGGAUGCGCGAGGGAUACAGCCUACAUUUAUUUGUCUCAUUCUGCUGAUAUCAACUUAAAGAUGGAGAAGAAGAUUUCCGUACGCUCGCAGGAUCCGGGUCAGAGGCGAGUGCUGGACUGUGCCACGCGACAGCGGCGUUUGAAUCGUCAACUCGAGGCAUUGGAAAAGGAUAAUUUCCAGGAUGACCCACACGCUAGUCUUCCGCAGCUCGUCAAGCGGCUACCACAAUUCGACGAGAACGACGAAUCUGCUGGCAAAAGGAGAAGGAAAACAAGAGGCGAUCACUUCAAACAGCGGUUCCGUAAAAACUUCCAGGCUCUCCUGGAGGAGGAGGAGUUGAGCGAGAACGACGGACCGAACUACCUGACCGCCUGCGCCGAGCCGUCGCCAAUGCCGCAGCGGCAUUUCUGUGCCAUCUGCGGGUUCCUUUCUCACUACACCUGCGUGUCGUGUGGGGCUCGGUAUUGCUGUGUGCGCUGCCUAGGAACACAUCAGGAGACACGAUGUCUGAAGUGGACAGUGUGAUCUCGUUCUAUAGUAUUUUUUGGUGCUCUGGACACUGAUGUGGCUUGUCGGGAAAUUACUUGUGAACGUAUUUGGAAGAUUUAUUGGAACAAACCCCAGAUAAGAGUAAUUUAACUUGUACCAGAAGCCUUAUGCCUUAGUCUUGCAUUUAUGGACUUGUAUUUACGUAGAGUGACAGCCAACCCUCUAACAUGAGAGCUUCACUGGGACACUUCCUCUACGAGCGCGUGUUUACAAGUUACGUAGCAGAUGUUUGUCACUUUGAAUUUUGCCUACUCUCUCCACUGGCGUGAAUUCUGUGCAGUCCAUCACACUGAUUUAUUUAGCAUGGGUGAAGAAAGUUGUGUUUUGUCAGAAGGGAACCGAGUGAAAAGGCAAUGUAACCUACGUGGUAAAUAGACCAAGACACGCAACAACACCACAGUGACAUUAUCUUUGACAUGGCUCUUUUGUUUAAUCUAAACAGUGUACUUUCUCCAUCUUUCCAAUUUUGUUUGUAUUAAACUCGUGCUGAUGGCAAUUCA